GUUGAGCUUCUAGGUUCUGUUUGCUAAGGUGGAGCAGUUUCGUGUCUCACUGGGAAGUGCAACAUUCAUGUUCCUGGAGUGAUAUCUUGUUGAAGACAUGAUUGAUACAUUGAAGGGCUGGGCGGAAUACUUGGUGGAAUGGGCUGCCAAGGACCCAUAUGGUUUUCUUAUAACCGUCCUCUUGGCCCUCACCCCGCUCUUCCUGGCGAGCGCAGUCCUGUCAUGGAAAAUGGCAAAAAUGAUCGAGGCCAAAGAACGGGAUCAGAAGAAGAAACAGAAACGUCAGGAAAACAUUGCUAAGGCCAAGCGGACAAAGAAGGACUAAGAGGGAUAACAAAGCUGAGCCUUUUGUAAUGGAAAUAAAGUGCCCUCCUCACAAGGA